CAGACAUCCUGCGACCCGGUAGAGAAUGGCAAGGCGGAGUUUCUGGGGUCACAUAGAACAUGGCGUGGAGGGGAUGUGUAUUGAAAUGGGCUAAAGAGGGCAUAAUUACCUCUGCUACACGGAAUAACAGAUUCAACCUCUACCCUCAACAGCGAUGUGGCUUCCGGAAAACGGCGAAGAAGGUGGAGCCAAAGAAGGGGUCUGUGGAGGAGGCAGGCCAGCCACACACAGAGCAGGCUGAGAGCCUCGUCCAGAGGCGGGCCGAGCUCCCACCCACGCCUCCUGCCCCAAAGAUGCCCCCUCGGGCCUACGGCCAACUGCUCAAGCCUCUGGUGUUUACUGUAGGGUUUACAGGCUGCUCUUUCGGCACGGCAGCAAUAUGGCAGUACGAGUCAUUGAAGUCUCGAGUGCAAAGCUACUUCGACGAGGUGCGUGCUGAUUGGCUGGAGAAGAUCCGGCCGCAGAAGCAGGGCGAUUUCCGCAAGCAGAUAAAUCAAUGGUGGAACGGCUUGAGUGAAGGACAGCGUACUGUUACAGGUAUCAUCGCGUUGAAUGCCAUCGUGUUCUGCUGCUGGAGAGUGCCUGCCUUCCAGCGCUCCAUGGUGACCUACUUCACUUCCAACCCAGCCUCAAAGGCUGUGUGCCUGCCUAUGGUGCUGUCCACCUUCAGUCACUACUCUCUGUUCCACAUGGCCGCCAACAUGUACGUCCUCUGGAGCUUCUCCUCCAGCAUCGUCUCCAUGCUGGGCAAGGAGCAGUUCGUGGCUGUCUACCUGUCUGCAGGGGCCAUUUCCUCGUUUUUUAGCUAUGCGGCUAAGACAGCCAGUGGUCGUCUGGGCCCCUCUCUUGGAGCGUCUGGAGCCAUCAUGACAGUCCUAGCAGCCGUCUGCACUAAGAUGCCCGAAGCCAAACUGGCCAUCAUCUUCCUGCCCAUGUACACCUUCACUGCAGGCAAUGCAUUAAAAGCCAUCGUUGCUAUGGAUGCAGCUGGCCUGGUGCUGGGAUGGAAGCUAUUUGACCAUGCAGCACAUUUGGGAGGAGCUCUUUUUGGAAUCUGGUACGUGUGGUAUGGCCAUGAGCUGAUUUGGAAGAACCGGGAGCCUCUGGUGAAGAUCUGGCACGACUUCCGGACAGGGGGUCCAGGAACAGGGGGAGCAGGGGGAAACGGGUCGCUGUAGAGCCCUGCAUUGUCUACUGGGUUUGGGUCGUUCCCAGGUCAUGAUCCCAGAGGCUUCCAAACGGACAUACACAGUGGAGGCAGAUGAGGGCAGUCCCAUGCAGGAAGAAAAAAACGCAACUCUGAGACCACCUUAUUUUGUGUUGUUGUUGUUGUUGUAGUUGUUGUUGUUGUUGUUACCCACAUGUAAAGGCACUUCCACACACACAGAAACAUGCAUAUGCAGAGGGCUACCACCUCCUGCUUACGUUUCAUGUAAAUAUGUAUCUCAUUGCCCUUUACAAAGAAGCCCUCCAAAUAAGCCCCUGUAUUUACACAUCCAUACGUCAGAGGUAGUGAGAUGGCACACGCUCAGCACUCUUCCAGUUUGUGCGAGGGAGAAUGUUAUGUCAGGAGUCUUUAUAGUCACAAUACACUCCCUCCUUAAGGGGAAUGGGAGGCCAAAAUGGCAACAUUAUAACUGCCCCACUCCCAUGAUCUACUAAGGAGGGGUGCAGGGGAGCGGGGUUGAACUGGAAGCAACUGCCCCUCUAAGCCCAUCCUCUCUGGAAUCAUGCAUGUGGCUCUUCAGUGUUUCACGUUUAACAGGAUGACCAUGCCCUCAUAUCAGCCUCCUCUGAUGAUGGGAAAAAUAACGGACUAACAUGUACAGGAGGUUUUGUAGUUGGUAUCUAAAUGAUUUAUCUUUUUUUUUAAAUAAAUAAAUCUUUAUUUAAACCA